AAGUGUUCCUGGCAAGAAGUUUUUGGAGCCGUGAGGGAUACAGCACUUUGGUCAAUAUUGUUUUAACAUGCUUCAAAUAAAUCAGCUUCUCUACAAGAUAAAAUGGCAAACCCCAAAGAGAAAACUCCAAUGUGUCUGGUAAAUGAGUUAGCCCGUUUCAAUAGAGUCCAACCCCAGUAUAAACUUCUGAAAGAAAGAGGGCCUGCUCAUUCGAAGAUGUUCUCAGUGCAACUGAGUCUUGGCGAGCAGACAUGGGAAUCCGAGGGGAGCAGUAUAAAGAAGGCCCAACACGCUGUUGCUAAUAAAGCUUUGACUGAAUCUACACUUCCCAAACCAGUUCAGAAACCACCCAAAAGUAAUGUUAAUAAUAACCCAGGUAGUAUAACUCCAACUGUGGAACUGAAUGGGCUUGCUAUGAAAAGGGGAGAGCCUGCCAUCUACAGGCCAUUAGAUCCAAAGCCUUUCCCAAAUUAUAGAGCUAAUUACAACUUUCGGGGCAUGUACAAUCAGAGGUAUCAUUGCCCAAUGCCCAAGAUCUUUUAUGUUCAGCUGACUGUAGGAAACAAUGAGUUUUUUGGGGAAGGAAAGACUCGACAAGCUGCUAGACACAAUGCUGCGAUGAAAGCCCUUCAGGCACUGCAGAAUGAGCCUAUUCCAGAAAAAUCACCUCAGAAUGGCGAAUCGGGAAAAGAAAUGGAUGAUGACAAAGAUGCAAAUAAAUCUGAGAUCAGCUUAGUGUUUGAAAUUGCUCUGAAGCGAAAUAUGCCCGUCAGUUUUGAGGUCAUUAAAGAAAGUGGACCACCACAUAUGAAAAGCUUUGUUACCCGGGUAUCAGUGGGAGAGUUCUCCGCAGAAGGAGAGGGAAAUAGCAAAAAACUCUCCAAGAAGCGCGCUGCAACCACUGUGCUGCAGGAGCUUAAGAAACUUCCGCCUCUUCCUGUGGUUGAAAAGCCAAAAUUAUUUUUUAAAAAACGCCCUAAAACAAUAGUAAAGGCUGGACCAGAGUAUGGUCAAGGAAUGAACCCCAUUAGCCGCCUGGCUCAAAUCCAACAGGCCAAAAAGGAGAAGGAGCCAGAUUAUGUUCUGCUUUCAGAAAGAGGAAUGCCUCGACGUCGGGAAUUUGUGAUGCAGGUCAAAGUAGGCAGUGAAGUUGCUACUGGAACAGGACCUAACAAAAAGAUAGCCAAAAAAAAUGCUGCAGAGGCAAUGCUGUUACAGCUUGGUUAUAAAGCAUCCACUAGUCUUCAAGAUCAACUUGAUAAGACAGGAGAAAACAAAGGAUGGAGUGGUCCAAAGCCUGGGUUUCCUGAACCAACAAAUAACACUCCAAAAGGAAUUCUUCAUUUGUCUCCUGAUGUUUAUCAAGAGAUGGAAGCCAGCCGCCACAAAGUAAUCUCUGGCACUACUCUAGGCUAUUUGUCACCCAAAGAUAUGAACCAACCCUCAAGCUCUUUCUUCAGUAUAUCUCCCACGUCGAAUAGUUCAGCUACAAUUGCCAGGGAACUCCUAAUGAAUGGAACCGCUCCUACAGCCGAAGCCAUAGGUUUAAAAGGAAGUUCUCCUACUCCCCCUUGUUCUCCAGUACAACCUUCAAAACAACUGGAAUAUUUAGCAAGGAUUCAAGGCUUUCAGGUUCACUACUGUGAUAGACAAAGUGGCAAAGAGUGUGUGACCUGUCUGACAUUAGCCCCUGUGCAGAUGACUUUCCAUGGUAUUGGAAGCUCCAUUGACGCCAGCCAUGACCAGGCAGCUUUAAGUGCCUUGAAACAAUUUUCUGAACAAGGACUGGACCCAAUGGAAGGGGCAAUGAAUAUUGAAAAAGGUUCUCUUGAAAAACAAGCCCAGCAUCUGGGAGAGAAAGCGGACAAUAACCAGACACACCCGGGCUCCAUCGCUCAGGACUGCAAGAAAUCAAAGUCGGUCAUCUAGCAGCUCCCAGAACCACGGCUGCCACCACAUCCUUAUAAACCUGUCAGCACGCAUGAGGGUGUCUGUGUUCAAGGAAAUGAAUGACUAAUACCAUUAUUUGAGUCUUAUGUGAAGACAACACUAUUCUAACACAAGAGAUAAUAUACAUAGUACUGUUUAUUCAACUGGGGAAAAAUAAAACUUAGAGCAUUUCCCUCGGAACUUGAGAUCAGAUCAUAACUCACUUGCCCAGAGGCAGGAGAAAUCUUAUCCUGCUACUGGAGCUUAAAAUAACAAUUAAUGAAAAGUGUUAGAAACAGAGGUAAAACUUUUAAAUGAUUAAUAGAGAAAUUGGGUUUGGUUUCAUUGUUAUGAUUGCUUUGUCGUGGAGCUUGUGUUCAGUUAUAUUCUCUCUCUCUCUCUCUUUCUCUCUCUCUCUCUCUCGUUUUAAAUAAUGCUUGACGAUUCAAAGAUUAACCAAUGACGUGCUGUGGAAUGUGAUGGUCGUUGUCUUCAUAUAGAGUCACACAGUUUCUCUUUUUAUGCAGAUAUUUGUAAUCUUCAUCCUGUAUCAAUAUGAAUGACUUUAAGGCGCACGCCUCAAAGAUGUAUGCAAACAAACACGGUUUAAAUCAGGUCAGAUAUUUUAUUUAAAAUAUGAAAUCAUGUUAGGAACAACUAGUUUCAAUAUACUCCAGGAAUUAAAAAAACAAAAACAAGGAAAAAAAAAAACAGUUGUGGGUUUUGAGCUCCAUAAUACUAUUAACCACUAAGGGGGCGUCUUGCCUCCACUGACCAUUUCUCCAGAUUCCACGUUCCGUGGUGGAAAUCACACCCACCCUCAUCCGUGUGUCAGAGCCACUCACUGUUUACAUCAAGAGUGUUUUUAAUAACCGCCUCUACUUGGGACAGUGAGGAGGAUCAACAUAAAUAAUGUACGUGGCGGGGAAGGGAAAGCCUGUCGGAGGAGCGGGAGAGUCUUGCCAGCUUGUAGCCAGCCACGCUCUGGACCAGCAUGUUGGAAUCCAGCGUGUAGCGAAUGCAGUAAAAAUUUGGUCGGUUUCUGUGUGAA